CACCAACUUUCCCCUGCUACUAAAAGGGGUAGUCCCAGGGCAGCUAGCUAGGGUUUACUACUACUUAGCCUUCAUUGCCACAAAACUAACCAAUCAAUAUCACAUGGCAUCCGUAUCGGUUGAGGAAAUCCGCAAGGCCCAGCGAGCCGAGGGUCCAGCCAUGAUCCUCGCCAUUGGCACCGCAACUCCUUCCAACUGUGUCUACCAGGCUGAUUAUCCUGAUUACUACUUCCGCAUCACCAACAGCGAGCACAUGACCGAGUUGAAAGAGAAAUUCAAGAGAAUGUGUGAGAAAUCCAUGAUUAAAAAGCGUUACAUGCAUUUGACAGAAGAAAUUCUGAAAGAAAAUCCAAACAUGUGUGCUUUCAUGGCAUCCUCCCUCGAUGCACGUCAAGACAUGGUAGUGGUGGAGGUACCAAAGCUUGGUAAGGUCGCAGCAUCAAAGGCCAUCAAAGAGUGGGGCCAGCCCAAAUCAAAGAUCACACACCUUGUGUUCUGUACAACCUCAGGUGUGGACAUGCCCGGAGCGGACUACCAACUUACCAAGCUUCUGGGCCUCCGGUCCUCCGUGAAGAGACUGAUGAUGUAUCAGCAAGGUUGCUUUGCAGGUGGAACCGUGCUUCGUAUUGCCAAAGAUCUCGCCGAGAACAACAAGGGAGCACGCGUUCUGGUGGUGUGCUCCGAGAUCACUGCCGUCACUUUCCGAGGACCAUCCGAUGCCCACUUGGAUUCCCUGGUAGGACAGGCGCUUUUCGGUGACGGUGCGGCCGCAAUGAUCAUUGGUGCGGAACCUGAUACUCCCAUCGAGCGUCCAUUGUUUCAACUAGUGUCUGCUGCACAGACUAUUCUGCCAGAUUCGGAGGGUGCUAUAGAUGGGCACUUGCGUGAAGUAGGGCUUACUUUUCACUUGCUCAAGGACGUGCCUAGUUUGAUAUCAAAGAACAUUGAAAAGUCACUGGUGGAAGCUUUCACUCCAAUAGGGAUUAGUGACUGGAACUCUAUCUUCUGGAUUGCCCACCCAGGUGGGCCUGCCAUUCUUGACCAAGUUGAGUCCAAGCUUGGUCUGGAAGAAGAGAAACUCAGUGCUACUAGGCAUGUGCUGAGUGAGUAUGGUAACAUGUCCAGUGCAUGUGUGGUAUUCAUUUUGGACGAAAUGAGGAAGAGAUCGAUUGAAGAAGGUAAGAGCACCACGGGUGAAGGGUUGGAAUGGGGAGUUCUAUUCGGGUUUGGGCCUGGUCUCUCGGUUGAGACGGUGGUUUUGCACGCUGUCCCUGCUGUCAUAUGAUGAUAUGAAUUGUGGGGCCUGGGGCGGGGUUACGUAUUAUUGUAGCUCAUCAUCCUAUUCCUACUCCUACUCCUACUUAAUUGAUUGGUAUUCAUGCAACUGAAAAAUAAAAGGUGAAAUAAAGGUAAAAGGACCCGUGGUUGGGUGCCUGUCGCUGCAAAUUUAGUGCUGCAUGUAUGCUGCUACAACCAUCAUCCUUAUUAAGAGCAUGGAUUCUGCUUUCUUUCUCUUUGUGUGAAUUGUAAUCCCAAGGGAAAUUAAAAAAAAAAGUUAUAAUUUCGAAUUGCUGCUUUUGGUUUCCUUUCCUUAUCAUCAAAAACCUUUAUGGAAGUAUUUGUUUUAUUUCCUUUGUUUGUUAUAUGUGUGUGUGUGUUGAAUGAGUUUUAUUUUUAGAGUUGAUUGUAUUGGAGGUUCCCAAAAAUAUGGGGUUUAUCUUAUUUUGGUGCAUAAUGUUUCAAUUACAUCAUUUUAGUUUCUG